AUGGCGUUUAGUUUUCCUGCCUUCUCGUAUAUUAUUGCCUUAAUUGUGGACGCUUUUCUUAUAUUUUUCUCUAUAUUUCAUGUAAUAGCGUUCGAUGAAUUAAAAACCGAUUAUAAGAAUCCUAUAGAUCAGUGCAAUAGCCUAAAUCCAUUGGUGUUACCGGAGUAUUUAUUGCAUUUAUUCAUUAAUAUUUUAUUCUUGCUUUCUGGAGAAUGGUUUUCUUUAUUGGUUAAUGUGCCAUUGAUUCUGUAUCACAUUCAUAGAUAUCGAACAAGACCUGUGAUGUCAGGGCCCGGCCUCUAUGACCCUACAAGCAUAAUGAAUGCAGAUGUACUAACUGUAUGCCAGAGAGAAGGUUGGAUAAAAUUAGCGUUUUAUCUUCUGUCAUUCUUUUUAUACCUUUAUGGUAUGAUUGUGGUGCUCAUAGCUGCCUGA